GAACUUGAACGUGUUACAUCAUUGCAGACUGGCCUUCAGUUAGCAGCUGUUAUUUGCACAAAUGGAAGAAGACACCUGAAUAUAGCAAAGGAAGGCUUCACACAAACUAGUUUGGGGCUUCUUGCAAAUCAAAGGAAACGACAGUUGCUUAUUGGACUGCUAAAGUCUCUGAGAACAAUAAAAACACUGCAAAGAACUGAUGUGCGUUUGAGUGAGAUGUUGGAGGAAGAGGACUAUCCAGGAGCUAUUCAGCUGUGCUUGGAAUGCCAGAAAGCUGCCAGCACUUUCAAACACUACAGUUGUAUAAGUGAGUUGAAUUCGAAACUGCAAGACACCUUGGAACAAAUAGAGGAACAAUUGGACGUAGCACUCUCCAAAAUAUGCAAGAACUUCGAUAUCGGUCAUUACACAAAGGUUCAGCAAGCUUACAGGCUGCUUGGAAAAACACAGACAGCAAUGGACCAGUUACAUAUGCAUUUCACUCAAGCCAUUCACAACACUGUGUUUCAAGUAGUCCUUGGAUAUGUGGAGCUGUGUGCAGGAAACACAGACACCAAGUUUCAGAAGUUACAGUACAAAGACCUCUGUACACAUAUUACAUCAGACAGCUACAUUCCAUGCCUUGCUGAUCUCUGCAAAGCCCUCUGGGAAGUCAUGCUCAGUUACUACCGAACGAUGCAGUGGCAUGAGAAUCAUGACCAAGAUGAGGCUGCAGCUGUGUCUUCUGUUUCAGAUGGCAGCAAUGUGAUUGGAACUGAAGAGAACAGUUUUGACCGCAGCUAUGUAAAGAAGAAAUUGGAACAUGGGCUUUCAAGAAUAUGGCAGGAUGUUCAACUGAAAGUGAAAACGUAUCUUCUGGGAACAGAUCUGUCUAACUUCAAAUAUGACGACUUCAUAUUUGUACUUGAUGUUAUCAGCAGACUGAUGCAAGUUGGAGAAGAAUUUUGUGGCAGUAAGUCUGAAGUUUUGCAAGAAUCUAUCAGAAGACAAAGUGUUAACUACUUCAAAACAUACCACAGAACCCGUCUUGAAGAAUUAAGAAUGUUUUUGGAGAAUGAGACCUGGGAACUUUGUCCUGUUAAAUCAAGCUUUAGUAUUCUGCAGCUUCACGAGUUUAAGUUCAUGGAGCAGUCACGUUCCCCAUCUGUGUCGCCUAGUAAGCAGCCUGCUUCAGCAAUUUCAACAACAGUAACGUUAUUUGAGCAGUACUGUAACGGAGGAAACCCAUUUGAAAUUCAGGCCGACAGCAAAGAUGAUGAGACAGAAGAUGUGUUAGCUUCCAAUGGGUAUGAAUCAGAUGAACAAGAAAAAAGUGCCUAUCAAGAGUAUGAUAGUGACAGUGAUGUACCUGAAGAGCUGAAAAGAGAUUAUGUGGAUGAACAGACAGGAGAUGCCCCUGUGAAAAGUGUUUCUCGAGAAACUCUGAGGAGCAGAAAGAGAUCAGAUUAUAACCUCAAUAAAGUGAAUGCACCAAUCCUAACAAACACUACGCUGAAUGUAAUAAGGCUUGUUGGGAAAUACAUGCAGAUGAUGAAUAUUCUGAAACCAAUUGCCUUUGAUGUGAUCCACUUCAUGUCCCAGCUCUUCGAUUACUACCUGUAUGCAGUCUAUACAUUUUUUGGCCGAAAUGACACG